GCAUCGGAGACUGUGCAUCUGCUCUCUCUGGACACCGUGAGCUCUAGACACCAUGACUUCACUCAUCCUAGGGAAGAGACACACUUAAGAAAAGCUCAAGAGGUGCCAUCGUCUGUACUGGACUACCAUAGCAUCAAUGAACCAGGAACAGGUCCGUGUGCUGUGGAGGUAGAGGCGCCGCUGUGCUACACCGAGGCUGACACAGACACACCCAUGCUAUGGGCAGGGGUCCACGAGGAGCUGGACUAUGGCAGGAAGGAGGGUCACCUGCCGGACACAGCCUUCACCUUGCCACACUCCCACAUGAGCUUCAGGGAGUUUGUGGGGGACAAGGCAGACCUGGGCAAAGCUGUGGUCCCAGCCGCCGUCUUGGCAGGUUAUACUGGCAGUGGCCCUAUUCAGCUGUGGCAGUUCCUAUUGGAGCUUCUGACUGAUCGGAGCUGUCAAUCAUUCAUCAGCUGGACAGGAGAUGGAUGGGAAUUCAAACUGACUGACCCUGAUGAGGUGGCUCAGAUGUGGGGACGCCGUAAGAACAACUCGAAGAUGAAUUACGAGAAGCUGAGCCGAGGCCUGCGAUACUACUAUGACAAAAACAUCAUCCACAAGACGGCCGGCAAGCGCUACGUCUACCGCUUUGUUUGCAACCUGCAAGGCCUGCUGGGAUAUUCACCAGAGGAGCUCCAUGCCAUGCUAGACAUCCGACAAAGCGAAGUGUCUGAAGGGUUCUCAGAUGGAUCAAACGGGUCCCUGUGAAGCUGGAGAAUGCUGAAAUGACAUUGUUCAAACGUCGGAUCCCUGUUAAAAUAGAAUGGAUUCAACAACAACCAGCUCUACAGAAUAAAGGGGCACCUGGAAAUUAAUAUUAUAUCUCAAUUAUUUAUUAUGUCCAAGUUUGCUCUUACAAUGCACAAUUACACUUGACAAUGGGACAGUGUCAAGAAACCACCUCAAGUAUUGUAUUUUGUUUUUUUUUGUUCAUGUAGCCAUCUGAUGCAGAGGCAAACUGGACACUGAGAAUCUGUGCAAAAACAAGUUUUAAUCCGUAAGCAAAGACUAUAUUUUCAUUUGCAGUUCUUUUUAAAUGUGCAAUAUAUAGUUUUUCAAGAUCAUCAAUAACAAUGUCACUCUAAAGGAACAAUUAACUGUGAAUUGUCAUGCUUGUAUGUACAUAUUGACAAUAAAUCAUCACAUGCAGGGUGACUCUACUAAAGGUCAUAAU